UCAAAUAAACUAAUUUAUAGAUUAUAUAGCUGUUAAAAAUUAUGUUUUUCGAUAUAAUAAAACUUUGUAUCUAUACUAUUAAAGCAGAAUCCCUACUAGGAUUCUGCCCUUAAAUUUUCAAGGUAUUUACAACUCUCUGCCAUUAGUUAUUUUCCUUUAAAAAAAUAAUAAUAAUUUGUGACUCCAUUAAUUCGACCAAUCAAAAAGGAGUUUUUAUCCCACUGUUUUUAGUGACAAAAAAAAAUCCCACUGUUUUCAAAAUUCAAAACGAACAUAAAUUUUAGCCCAACCAUAUUGCAGCAAUUUUUUCCUAAUUGUACGCAUCAUUUAUUUCCUAAACCUAUUUCAACAUUAAUGCAUUAAAGUUUUGCAAUCAAAAAUCUAUAUUAUUUAAGGAAAUAUCAUUACGAAAAUAUUCAGUUUACAUCUGUCAUCUGUGCAAGACUUUACCAUAGACAAGAUACAAUAUCUCACUUAAGUUGCAACUCCUACGAAAGUUCGGUUUCGUGUUUAUACCAAUUUCAGAACAAUAUAUCUUCCUAUAACAUAGCUAAAGUUAGAUCUGCCGUAAAUGGGUUUAUGACCUUACAAUAUAUACAUAUGAAAUCUAAUACAUUUUAUUGUCAGACGAAACUAUGUAAAUCAUCUUUGCAAAUGAGAAUGUAAGUAAGAAUCAGUUCAAAAAAAAAUGAGAAUACAAAUAUUUUAUGUCUACUUAUAUACUCUUAUAAAAUAUGAUAAGAGAAUACUAUGACUCUUUUGUUCUAACUAUUUUAAAUUUGGUAUAUCUAACAUGUAAAAAGAUAAAAGUUUCAUGACUCAUGCAAGAAGGUUAAUCACGCGCUUUCAAAGCGCGGGUCAAAAUCUAGUUAUAAUAUAAUCCAACAAUUACGCGCUUUCCAAGCGCGGGUCAAAAUCUAGUUAAGUUUAAAUUUGAUUAAGGAAAACUUAUUAAUUUAACUGAAAAAAACAAACAUUAAAAUAAAUAGUUUAAUUAAUUCUUAAUAACAUGAAAGUGUAAAUAAGGGUGCGAUUGGUAAUGGCUGUAGCUUUAAAAUUUUUGCUGUAGAAAAAAAUCUGUAGACUUUUUGAUGUGGCUUUAGAUUUUAUUGCUGUAGAAUUUUAUGGAAAGCACUAAACAAUUGCUUUGGAUAUUUGGCUCUGCAGAGCACUUGUACAGCUGUAGAUUAAUUCAAGAGCUGUGGUUUAAAAAAAAAAUUAAAGCUUGAUUGCUCUCAAUUUAGUGCUGUGAAAAUAAAUAGGGCUGUAGAUAACACCUACAGCAACUACCAAUCACCCCCUAAGUUAGAAAAAUUAGAGGUAUUUUUUAAUGGGUACUUCUAUUUUAAUAAUAUAGAUUUAAAAACAAAAGGACAAUAUUGUUAACCGUAUAGAAAUUAGAGGAUAGUAAUUGUUUGUUGAAUCAGACAAACAAUUACUAUCCAUCCAUACGUGCACGUGUGAACGAUGACGUGGACACAAAACAUAGAGAACCUUAUUGUCUUCUUCUUCCUCAAGACCAAUUCUUUUGGUCUGCACCUUUAGUAGCGUGAGAGCUCAAGAGGAGAAAAAAAAGAUCGCUUUUUGAAUCAAAUGAGAGGAGGAAGGAACACAUCAGGAGAGACCCAAUUCGUUAUCGACUCAGAGAUCAAUCAUCGAUUCGCCUCCGUCUUCAUCUAGGGAGGGUUUCCUGUGAGCUCCCCUGUUUCUUAUACUCUGUUUUGGUAUUGUGAGGUGCUGACGACCCCUCUAGAUUAUUGAUCGGUCGAUACAAUUUUGUGAAAAGUAUUGGUCCACACACCUUCGCACCAUAGACUGAUAGACACAUAAAUGUUGUGCUUAGUGGCAAUCUAUGUCCCGAACAAAAUCACCCCUAGAAGACACAGUACACUGAACUGAAUCAAUGAUCAAUGUAUCGUAUCCCUCUAUGCAAAAUGUUUGUGAGACAAAAAAACAACAACAGCAAACCAUGUGGAAAUUGAGGUAUAUGUCGAUGGAAGCGGAGAAUCAACGAAGGAGAUCAAAUGUGCACAUGCUCCUGAGUUAUUGAUCUUGCACAUGAUGUGAUUCUGUUCUUGCGACUUAUAGAUGUUUUCUUUGAAUACUAUACGUACAGUUAAUUAUGAUUCAACGUCAAAUUAUCAACUAUACCAAAAAUAUUACUCUCAUGCUAAAUCUUACUUCUUUUUCAUGACCAUAACAAGAAAAGAUCUCAUUCUAAUUCCUAUGUAUUUAAUAACAUAUUUUUGGUUAGUUUUCCUUCCGGAAAUAGAUAAACAGAUCCCUCAAACUGAGUAUUUUGUUUGUUUUAAAUUUAAAAACAUACACAUGAUCCGAGACUCCGAGUCAGUGCUGAGAUAUUGCAUUAAUAAUUUAAAUUAUCUCAGUAAGCAAGAUAUGGUUGCCUACCAAAUAUAAACAGAAUCAAAAUCAGUUUUUAAUUUGAACUGCCAAAAAACGACCCUUUGAUUCUGCUAAUGAGCCAUAAAUUUUAUAUUUGGCGUAAAAUAAUGACAUAUUCUUCUCAAAAAGUAAGGACAAAACAAUCAAAUUAUAAAUUUAAAAAUUGGUAUCGAGCCAAAAAUUUAAAAUAUUAUGUUAAAAAGAAUAUAAUUAUGGUGCUUAACCUCAACCAAGUUAUGAUACCAUAGUAACAUCAUUAUUUCGAACCAUUAACACAUGCCAAAUAUAGUAAUUAUAUGUAAGUUUGAAAAAUUAUAUAGUAAUUAAGAAAAGUUACCUUAUUUAAAAAAAAUUAUUGUUAAUAAUUCAAAGCUGACUUGUAAAAUUGAAAAGGUAUACAGAGGAGAAAAAGCCGCUCUGUCUCCCUCCUUCCCCCUUGUUCGUUCUCUUCCACUCUCCUCUCUAUAUCCUCCACAUCUCUCUCGUUAUCUCUCUCAUGACUCUCUUCUGAUCUUGAAGCUCAUUAUCAUUUGGAUCCAAGGCAACAUCUUCAGGUAACACCAAAGUCUAAGAACUAUAAAUUGUCACGUUUAUGAUUUUUAUUACAAGGUAAAGAGAUCAUGUUUGAACAUAGAACAUAUAUAGACUGUUUACUCUAGAGGUUGAUUGUUUCUCAUUUCCGUUUUUUUUAUAUAUAUAUUUUCUUGCAUGAAUCAUUCAGAUUUCAUUAGGAAAAAAUGAAUCACGUACCUUCUGAUCAGAGCUUUUACAUUGAAAGCGAGGAUGAAGACGACAGGAAAGAUUACGCAGAAGAAGAAGAAGAAGAAGAUGGUCACAGCCAUUCUGAUUCCUCUGAUGCUAAUGAUGAACAUCACACGCAGAAUAAGCCUAACUCAUACACUACGGCUUGGCCACAGAGUUACAGGCAAUCCAUUGAUCUUUACAGUAGUGUACCGUCUCCAAGUAUCGGUUUUCUUGGGAACAACUCGAUGACGAGAUUCGGAAGCUCUUUCUUGUCUUCUUCCCUGAUAAGAAGACACACUCCUGAAUCUUUACCUGUUGUUACAAAGCCUCUGCUCGAAGCAGAAGAACAAGCACCACCACCACCUAAACACAGGCUUAGCUCUCAUGGCUUGCUCCCUCCUGUUCCUUCUAGGAGAAGUUCCAUGCGAAAGGACGAGAGAGUGUCUCAUGAAGUUCCCAUGUCACGCAAUAGCUCAUAUGGACAAGCUGUUAUGAAUGGAUUGAAUGUUCUAUGUGGAGUUGGGAUACUCUCAACGCCUUAUGCUGCUAAAGAAGGAGGAUGGUUAGGAUUAGGGAUACUGUUUAUAUAUGGUCUUCUUUCUUUCUACACUGGAAUCCUCCUGCGUUAUUGCCUUGACAGUGAGUCUGACCUUGAGACAUAUCCUGAUAUUGGCCAAGCUGCUUUUGGUACCACUGGUCGUAUCUUUGUCUCGAUAGUACUCUACUUGGAGCUAUAUGCGUGCUGUGUUGAAUAUAUAAUAUUGGAGAGUGAUAAUUUGUCUUCAUUAUAUCCAAAUGCUGGUUUAAGUAUUGGAGGUUUUGAGUUAGAUGCACGUCAUCUAUUUGCAUUGCUAACCACAAUCGCUGUUCUCCCCACCGUUUGGCUCAGAGAUCUCAGCCUACUGAGUUACAUCUCAGCUGGAGGGGUGAUUGCAUCGGUGCUAGUGGUUUUAAGUUUGUUUUGGAUUGGUUUGGUAGAUGACGUUGGAAUCCACAGCAAAGGAACUACACUGAACUUGUCAACUUUACCUGUAGCUAUAGGUCUAUACGGUUACUGCUACUCAGGACAUGCUGUUUUCCCCAAUAUUUAUACUUCUAUGGCCAAUCCAAAUCAAUACCCUUCUGCUCUCUUGACAUGCUUUACUAUUUGUACUCUGAUGUAUGCUGGUGUUGCUUUUAUGGGUUAUACAAUGUUUGGAGAAGCAACAGAAUCACAGUUUACUCUCAACUUGCCUCAGGAUUUGGUUGCUACUAAGAUAGCUGUGUGGACUACUGUGGUCAAUCCAUUUACCAAAUAUGCUUUGACCUUAUCUCCAGUAGCACUGAGUCUUGAGGAACUAAUACCAUCAAGGCAUAACAAGUCACAUUGGUACGCCAUUGCCAUUAGAACCGCAUUGGUCUUCUCUACUCUUCUUGUUGGUCUUGCAAUACCUUUCUUUGGUCUUGUCAUGUCAUUGAUUGGAUCAUUGUUGACAAUGCUUGUCACGCUAAUACUUCCACCGGCUUGCUUCUUGAGCAUAGUACGGAGAAAAGUUACCCGGACACAGAUGAUGUUAUGUGUCUUAAUCAUCGUAGUAGGAGCAAUAUCUUCUGUCAUUGGCUCAUAUUCAGCUCUCUCUCAGAUCAUUGAGAAACUAAGCAGCUGAACAGUCUUUUUCGUUUUUUUUUACAAACUCUUAUACCCACCUUUUGUCUUUUGUUUUCAUAUAGUUUGAAACAAAUACAUUAAUGAUGUAUUUGAUUUGGCUACUUUUUAAACUAUGUCUCAAUAUACAAAACUAAAUCUUCUAUAUAAAAUCUUUUUGCUUA